AGGACGAAGCGCGAGCCGUGGGCUCGCCACGGCCUGCCUGGGCUCAGUCGCCCGCCGCCGAUUGCCCGGUCAGCCCGCCAGACGCUGGAGGGCGAUACUCGUAGGCCAGGUCGCCGCACGCUGCGCUGUCUACGCUCUACAGACUUUCACUGGAAUCAGGAUGUCGUCGACUGAUUCUCUGGGUCCACCUGCCACCUUCCUGGGCGACUACCACAUGAAGUUCAUUAAAAGACUGACGUCAAGCAAUCUUUUACGGAGACCUCACUUCACGAUCUUGAAGAACAACCUGAAGUGCAGGAUUUAUCCCUUUUCCUUACGAAGUGCUGUAGCUGCCUGUGCCGUCACCGUCGCCUUGUAUAUGUCAGAUGUUGGAGUAAUACCGCAGAUGGUUGAUGGAGCAGUCACUCAUAUUGAAAGAUGCCAUGAGGAUGAGGUGCAGUUAAGAACUUGCAAAACGCUGACGAGUUUGAUGCUGGGACUCGUCCUGUGGAUGAUAAUGGUGGUGAGCGUGCGCUACUUGCUGAGCGCCCUCCUAGUCUACAAGGGCUGGAUUUACGAACGAGAAGGAGGUUCUAAGCUGUCGCUACCGACGAAGCUGUGGUUCGCGCUGCUGAAGGCGUUGACGUUCAAGCAGCGCCCCAUGCUGUGCAGCUACCAAGGCGUGCUGCCCAAGCUACCUGUGCCAGCGCUGCGUGACACCCUCCAACGGUAUCUCCGCACUGUCCGUCCACUCUAUGAUGAUGUACAUUACGCUCUAAUCGAGAAACUAGCUUACGAGUUUGAGAAUGGUGUAGGGCCAAAGCUUCAACGAUAUCUAAUGGCGAAAUCAUGGCUAUCCGAAAAUUACGUCUCUGACUGGUGGGAGGAAUACGCCUACCUGCGCUGCCGCGCUCCAAUACUCAUCAAUUCAAAUUACUAUGGCAUCGACCUCAUCCUUGCAAAUCCAACACACGUGCAGUCCGCUCGUGCUGGAAUGCUAAUCCACAGAUUUAUGAAAAGUCAGAAGAAAAUAUUAUACCAGACGCAAGACCCGCUUCUGAUUCAACGAGUCAUUCCCUUGUGUUCGUCGCAAUAUAUGCAACUUUUCAACACGACAAGAGUACCAGGAGAAGAAACAGAUAGACUUGUACAUUACGAAGACUCAGACCACGUUGUUGUGUAUCAUCAGGGACGUUACUUCAAACUGGUCGUCUACUGCAACGGACGAAUUCUUGAGCCAUGCGAAAUUGAACAGCAGAUAAUACAGAUUCUGCAGGAUAGGAGUCUUCCAGCUAUUGGCGAAGAGAAGGUCGCGGCUCUGACUGCUGGGGACAGACCUCAUUGGUCAAGAAUCCGCCAAAAGUUCUUCUCCUACGGAGUCAAUCAGCAGUCUCUGGAGGACAUAGAAACGGCUGCGUUUUUCGUUGCGCUCGAUGACGGUCCACUCGAGUUCGACGAGAAUGAUCCAAGGAAACUUGAGAAUUUCGGCCGAGUUGGCUUUCACGGGAAAGGUUAUGAUCGAUGGUUUGACAAGUCAAUCACUCUUGUCAUUGGAUCCAACGGACAUGCCGGAUUCAAUGCAGAACAUACAGGAGCGGAUGGUGCAGCAAUGGCCCAGACAUGGGAAUACGUGUUACAAGCAGAGGUGCUGACAAGAGACAAAUCAUAUUAUAGGCCAGAUGGGCACACUGCAGGAACUCCGAAAGUCGUUCCUCCUCCACCAACACGACUGCAAUGGGAUUUGGAAGAUUGUGUUGAUGCUAUCGAGUCUUCAUACCAGGUUGCUUGCGAACUCAUCAGUGAUCUAGACUUACGGAUCCUACAUCACAACGCAUAUGGGAAAGGUUUCAUCAAACAGUGCGGAGUAAGUCCUGACGCAUACAUUCAGAUGGCCCUACAACUGGCUUAUUUCAGGGACGUUGGGAAGUUCACUCUCACGUACGAGACUUCGACGACGAGGUUGUAUCUUAAAGGCCGGACAGAAACCGUUCGUCCGUGUACGAUGGAAUCUGUUGCCUGGGUGAAAGCCAUGACGGAUAAGAACUACUCCGUGGAAGAGAAGAUGUCUCUACUGAAGGCAGCAUGUGCAGUGCACAUAAAAAGCUGCAAAGACGCCAUGUGUGGUAAAGGAGUCGACCGCCAUCUUUUCUGCCUAUACGUUUUGUCAAAGUAUUUGAAGACUGAGUCUCCAUUCCUUCAGGAGGCACUUAGUGAACCAUGGCGACUGUCGACUUCUCAGACACCACACAACCAGAUAGGAAAGGCGGACCCUAGGAAAAUUCCCAGCUGUAUUACGCCAGCAGGGGGCUUUGGUCCUACUGACAAGGAUGGAUACGGAGUUUCCUAUAUCAUCUCUGGAGAAGAUGUACUCUUCUUCCAUGUAACAAGCAAGCGCAGCUCACCUGUAACGGACUCCACCAGAUUUAGUAAUGGUAUCAAAACCGCUCUUACGGAUAUGAGGAAUUUGUUUCUGCAAUGGAAGGAGAUAAAUAAAGAGAAGAAAGCUUUUAAAACGUGAGGUACGAGAAGGUCCUGGAUUGGUGAACGUAUCAGAAAAUGUGCAAAAAAACGUGGUUCCACUACGGAUGUAUAUAAUAAACUAUUUUUUGUACGCUGUGAAAA